AUGAAGCUUUGUGCUCUCGCUGGUGCUCUAGCGAUCGGUAUCCUCCUGACUACUUCAGCAGCACAACGCAGCAAGUGCUGUUGUUGUAGGCAUGAUGAAGGUGCAAGUGGUGGGGAUGUUGAGAGUACAACUAACAGCGUCAGUCAUCAUGACGAAUCUGGGCUAGACUAUCGUUCUGGACAUGAGGGUGGCGGUGAUAGAGAAUCUGCUGGCAGUAAGGGUCCUCACACUCCUGAGAUGAAAACAGUAUUUAAUCUGAUCAAUUUCUAUCGUCGUAAAGUUGCCCGAGGCGAAGUCGAAAACCAACCUCCAAGCAACAAAAUUUAUGACCUUGCAUGGGACGAUGAGUUGGCCAGAAUGGCUCAGGAGUACGCAAGCACAUGCCACCUCUAUCAUAACCCCAAUGAGGAAAGGGAAACGGAGAAAUUCCAUUCGGUUGGUCAAAGUAUUGGAGUUUCUACUUCACUUGAGCAGUGUGUGACGAAUUGGUUCAAUGAACAUGUCAACUAUGACUAUUCCUCGAACAUUUGUCGAGACUUUAUUUGCGGUCAUUACGCUCAGUUGGUCUGGGCAAACACAACUGACGUAGGAUGUGGUUGGCAUAAGUGCACAUAUGACAAGGCUCUACAAUUCUACCUCGUGUGUCAUUACGCUCCAGCGGCCGAUCCCUCUAGAUACCGACCUUACUAG